AUGGGGGGACACGUUCAUGAGCAUAAAUCAGCAAUAUUCGCAAAAUUUCAAGUAACCAGUGUUUCAUUGUGUCUCAUUCUCUCUCUAAUUGGUGUAGGAUUUGACCUGGGUCGCUUGCAGAUCUCUAAAGAGAGGGUAAAUGAUGUCAUCCUGCCAAAAUGGGCCAAAUCCCCCGAGGACUUCAUCUACAAGCACCGCAAAGCCCUGGAAUCUGAGUAUGUGUCGGCCCAUCUGCAUGAAUGGGUCGAUCUGAUCUUCGGCUAUAAACAGAGGGGCCCGGCUGCAGUGGAGGCCCUUAAUGUCUUCUAUUACUGCACAUAUGAAGGUAUGUCCUUCAUACAAGUCAUGAUGUGGCUGACAUCCUUUGCUACCAUACUUGAGGAACAUUAAUUUGGUGGAUAUUUUGUUAUUUUAUGACUUUUGCAAAGACUUAAUUUGACUACAAAUACAGCUUAUAAAAUGUUUAAACUUUCUUUUUCAUUGCAAGAAACAUUAAAUAAUGUUUUUUUUUUAAAUAGUUGCAUUGAUCUGGCCCUCGUAAUAAAGCACCAUCUGAGUACUAAUACCACAACUACUGAGCUAGAACUGUUGGAACUUUAUGUGCCACUAUAAAAAUAAUUUAAUAACACGUUAACAAAUAUUGUUGUGCUAGACCUAAUUUAAACAUUUAAAGUUUUGUUACAUUGUAGAUCUAUAAA